AUGGUCCGCUACGCCGCCACCGAGAUCGAGCCCGCCAAGUCGGCCCGCGCCCGCGGUGCCUACCUCCGCGUCUCCUUCAAGAACACCCGCGAGACCGCCCAGGCCAUCAACGGCUGGAAGCUCCAGCGCGCCGUCGCCUUCCUCGAGAACGUCCAGGAGCACAAGGAGGCCGUCCCCAUGCGCCGCUACGCCGGCUCGACUGGCCGCACCGCCCAAGGCAAACAGUUUGGUGUCUCCAAGGCCCGCUGGCCCGUCAAGAGCGCCGAGUUCAUCCUCGGCCUCCUCAAGAACGCCGAGGCCAACGCCGACGCCAAGGGUCUCGACACUGGCAACCUGAUUGUCAAGCACAUCCAGGUCAACCAGGCCCCCAAGCAGCGCCGCCGCACAUACCGUGCCCACGGUCGUAUCAACCCCUACAUGUCCUGCCCCUGCCACAUUGAGCUCAUCCUCACCGAGGGCGAGGAGGUCGUCCACAAGUCGGACCAGGUUGUCGGCCGCGAGGAGAUCCGCCUCAACUCGAGGCAGCGUGGUGUCCGCACCCGCAAGGCCAUUACCGCCGCUUAG